GCAUUAAAAGAAUAUUCUCCUGAUGAAGCAAAAGUUUUACGCGACAGUCAUCUCAGCAAAAUUCACGCCGAAGAACUUGUGCCUGGUGAUAUCAUAGAUUUAUCUAUUGGUGAUAAAAUUCCUGCCGAUUCUCGAAUAUUGAAAAUAUAUUCUACUGCCUUCAGAGUUGAUCAGUCAAUUUUGACCGGAGAAAGUGUUAGUGUAAACAAAGACAUCCAAAAAAUUGAUGACGUAAAGGCAGGAAAACAUGAUCAGCUAAACAUUCUUUUUACGGGAACUACUGUUGUACUUGGAAAAGCACGUGCUAUAGUUGUUAAAACAGGCUCUGAAACGGCUAUAGGAGCCAUCACAAAGACACUUGGAGAACAAAUUUCUGAAAAAACACCACUGAAACGCAAAUUAGAUGAGUUUGGCGAAUUACUAGCAAGGGUCAUUUCUGUCAUUUGUAUUCUUGUAUGGAUAAUCAACAUCAAUCACUUCGGUGAUCCUUCCCACCAUGGUUGGAUUAAAGGAGCCAUAUAUUACUUUAAAAUCGCAGUCGCCUUAGCCGUAGCUGCAAUUCCGGAGGGGUUAUCAGUAGUUAUCACUACAUGUCUGGCACUUGGUACAAAAAAGAUGGCAAGAAGGAAUGCUAUCGUGAGAUCUUUACCAUCUGUGGAGACAUUGGGUUGUACGAGCGUUAUUUGCUCCGAUAAGACCGGAACCCUCACAACAAAUCGUAUGAGCGUAUCUAGAGUUUUAUUUAUUGCUACUGAACGGGCGGAUCUUCAAGAAUUACAUGUUGAUGGCACUAACUACUCACCAAUCGGUAAUGUAUUGACUGCUGACGGAAAAAUUGCAGACUUUCUCCCCACAACGAAUCCAUGUGUUAAUGAAUUUGCACAAAUUAAUUCGACUUAUAAUAACGUUGGUGAACCCACUGAGGCCGCUCUUAAAGUUCUAGUUGAAAAAUUGGGAACAGAUAGCAGUUCAUUUAAUUCCACUUUAAGCUCAUGUUCACCAAAAACACGCGCUACCGCCUGCAAUGAUUAUUAUGAGAAUAGGAUUUCUCGCUUGGCAACUCUUGAAUUUUCGCGAGAUCGUAAAUCAAUGUCCGUCCUCGCUCAAAUUAAUAAUUCGCCAACUGCCACCUUGCUUGUCAAGGGUGCACCAGAAUCUAUAUUAGAUCGCUGCCUAUAUGUUCGAUUGUCUUCUUCAACUGACGGCACCAAGAUUAUGCUUACUCCUAAAAUUCGUGAAAAGUUGAAUGAAAAACUCUUGGAAUAUGGCAGAAAGGGUUUGCGAGUUCUUGCUACUGCCAUAGUUGAAGGGUGUAGUCCUAAUUUGAAAGAUUGGGAUUUUAGUGAAUCCUCAAAGUUUGUUGAGUUUGAACGGGAUAUGACUUUCCUCGGUCUUGUUGGUAUGCUUGAUCCACCACGUCCAGAAGUUGCGGAUUCUAUCCAUAAAUGCAAAACAGCAGGAAUAAGAGUGAUCGUUAUCACAGGAGACAAUAGAAAUACAGCUGAAGCCAUAUGUAGGGCAAUUGGUGUAUUUGGAGAAGAUGAGGAUCUAACUGGAAAGUCUUAUACUGGAAGAGAUUUUAACGAUUUAUCGAACAGCGAAAAGGUAGAAGUUGUGAAGCGUGCUAACUUAUUCUCAAGAACAGAACCAAUUCACAAGAGCGAACUUGUAGAUAUAUUAAAGAGUCUUAACGAAGUUGUAGCUAUGACUGGUGAUGGAGUAAAUGAUGCGCCGGCUUUAAAGAAAGCAGACAUUGGAAUAGCCAUGGGUUCUGGUACAGAUGUUGCAAAACUAGCUGCCGACAUGGUUCUCGCAGAUGAUAAUUUUGCAAGCAUAGAAGGAGCAGUAGAAGAAGGUCGCUCAAUAUAUAAUAACACCAAACAAUUUAUUCGUUACCUUAUUAGUUCUAAUAUUGGUGAAGUUGUCAGUAUUUUCUUGACGGUCCUCCUUGGCAUGCCGGAAGCACUUAUACCUGUUCAACUUCUAUGGGUAAACCUUGUGACCGAUGGUCUUCCCGCAACUGCACUUGGCUUUAAUCCUCCAGAUCAUGAUAUAAUGAGAAGACCUCCGAGGAACAGUAGAGAACCAAUCGUUGGAAAAUGGUUAUUUUUCCGGUAUAUGAUUGUUGGCAUUUAUGUAGGCGCAGCUACUGUAUUUGCUUAUGCUUGGUGGUUCUUAUUUUACUCGGAAGGACCCCAAAUAUCAUUUUAUCAGUUGUCAAACUUUCAUCGGUGCGACGAAUUAUUCCCAGAAAUCGGCUGCGAGAUGUUUAACAACAUUAUGGCUAAACGUGCUACGACGAUGUCACUGUCCGUCCUAGUCACUAUCGAAAUGCUUAAUGCCACAAACUCCCUUAGUGAAAACGAGAGCUUGUUAACCUUACCUAUAUGGAACAAUAUUUACCUUGUGCUAUCGAUAAUUCUUUCAAUGGCUUUACAUUUCUCGAUUUUGUAUAUCCCGUUCUUUACAAAACUAUUUGCUAUAGUUCCACUCAACUGGGCUGAAUGGCAAGCCGUUUUAUAUAUAUCCAUUCCAGUCAUUAUUAUUGAUGAAUUUUUGAAACUAAUCAGUCGAACAUUUAUUGCUCCACCUACGAAAGAUGAUUAA